AUGGCGGCCGUAACCGCUGAUUCUCAAAAUAAUAAUUUGUUUAAACGGAAAACUAAGAAAUGUCUUAAAAACGUCUGCAGCAUCAAAACUUUGAAAAAAAGAUUACCUAUUAUUGAAUGGGUUCCAAAAUAUAAAAGGGAGUACAUUAUUCAAGACAUUAUUGCCGGCAUCACAGUGGGAUUAACCGCUAUACCUCAAGGUAUGGCAUACGCAGUCAUUGCUGGACUACCUCCGGAAUACGGCUUAUAUGCGUCUCUGACGUCUGGAAUAAUUUAUGUGGUUUUUGGAAGUUGCUACAACAUAACUGUAGGUCCAACCGCCAUCAUUUCUACGCUAACAACAAGAUAUGUAAUCGGCUAUUCACCUGACUUUGCCAUUCUCGUUGCUUUUCUAUCGGGAGUGUUAAUACUACUACUCGGAGUUUUAAAUCUCGGAUUUUUAGUAGAAUUUAUAUCAAUGCCAGUGAUAAACGGUUUUACUAACGCUGCUGCCCUUCAAAUUGCUGCUUCACAAUUAAAAUCAUUCUUUGGUCUGCAAGGAUCAUCAGGAAAUUAUUUUGCAGAGUCGGUAUAUAAUUUCUUUAAAAAUGUAUCGACAGCUAAACUUUGGGAGCCUAUAUUGGGUUCAAGUACUAUAAUCAUGUUAUUAUUACUGAAGAAAAUGGGACAAGGUUGCAAGCGCACUGAUGGCAUUAUGAAGCAGGUGAGAUGGUUCAUAUCCUUGUCCAGAAAUGCUGUUGUGGUAGUAGUAGGCAUGAUCAUUGCUUAUACUAUAAAGCUUGUGAAUGACUCAGAGCCUUUGAUUUUAAUUGGCGACAUCGGCCACGGACUUCCACAAUUUGGAUGGCCACCAUUCAGCACCGUAGUUGGUAAUGAAACAUACAGUUUUACUGAAAUGAUGCAAACUAUAGGAGUACAAGCAGCUGUGCUACCUUUUGUGGCGAUUAUAGAAACAGUAGCAAUAGCCAAGGCUUUUGCUGAAGAUGGUAGAAUUGAUGCUACACAAGAGAUGAUUGCAGUUGGACUCUGUAAUAUUAUUGGAUCUUUUGGCAGAAGUAUGCCAAUUACUGGAUCUUUUACAAGGACUGCUUUGAAUCACAUUUCUGGAGUGAAGACCCCAGCUGGUGGAGUUACUAAGGUUGUACUGCUUGUUGUCGCCUUAACAUAUUUAACAUCCACGUUUUAUUACAUACCAAAAGCAUCUUUGGCUGGCCUUAUUAUCACUGCCAUGUUCUCCAUGAUGGACUUUUCAAUUGUAAGUAGUUUAUGGAAAAACAGUGUUAAAGAGUUUUUAUUGUGGCAGGUUACUACGAUUGUGUGUUUAUUCCUUGGAUUAGAAUAUGGUAUUUUAAUUGGAGUGUUAGCUGAAGCUUUGCUAUUGUUGUAUAACGUUUCGAGACCUUCCUUAAAAGUAGAAUUAUUGAAAGCAGUAAAAGGCGAUAUUUUAGUAGUUAAUUUAUGUGAAAAUGUAUCUUACUGCGCAGCAGAAUAUGUUCGUCAAAAAGUAAUGAGGGCUACUUCGUAUACACUAACCAAUGUCCCAAUAGUGUUAAAUGGUCUAAAUUUGAGGAUGUUAGAUUUUACUGCUGCUAGUAACUUGAUGUCUAUAAUUAAGGAUCUAGAUAAAACACAUCAUAUAAUUUUGUUAAAUUUUAACGUAGACGUAAAAAAAUUAUGUUUGAGUAUUGAUUCGCAAUUUGAAAGUAAGUUUAUGUACGCGUCUAGUCCACUAGAGUUAACUGAAAUAUUUACUAAGGAUGUAUGA